AUGUCAAAAUCAAUAAUUGUAACGGGUGCUUCUCGCGGUAUAGGGCGUGCAACAACUCUGCAAUUAUUAAAACUCAAUAGUAAUGUAACUGCUGUUGCACGCUCAAGCGAAGACUUGAAAAAUCUGAAAACUCACGUUGAAAAUGUUCUAGGUGUGAAAGGAAGACUGGAAACUGUUACCGGUGAUAUUACCGAAGAACCCGUUGUCGAAGAGGUUGUUAAAAGAUGUGUAGAGCGAUGGGGUGGAAUUGACGGUAUUAUCGCCAAUGCAGGAUCAAAAGCUGCUCUGCAUAUGUUAAUAAAAUGUAUUGCCGUCGAAGAACCUGAUAUAAUUUCUGUAUCAAUUCUUCCUGGUGUUGUUGAUACAGAUAUGCAAGUCAAUAUACGCGAAAAUGGAUUGAAGGCAGAAAUGAAACAAACAGAUUAUCAAAAUUAUAUAAAUCGUUAUGAGUCAAAGACCUUAGUUCAUCCUGAUGAUCCGAGUCGUGUUAUGGCUGCUUUGGUUGUAGGUGGUGCUACUCGAGAAAUGAGCGGCGAAUCAUUUAGGUUUAAUGACCCUAAAUUUGCCCAUUUAUUAAAAAAAGAAUGA